CUCCACCACGGCCGUCCAUAUAGCCACUGCUCUCUCUCUCUCUCUCUCUUCCACAGAGUCAACUCGGUGAGAAGAGAAUUUACAGGAAAAUGGCGACAUCGUCUUUCAAAUCAACAACCUCACGAAGAGGAACAACAACAAGAACAAGAACAGAGAGCAACCACAAUCCCAAAUCAUCUGAUGAAAAGAACGCGUCCACCGCAAACACAAAGAAAAAACCUCCGCCCCGGCGUUCCCAAAGCGUCAGCGCCAUUUCCAGAACCAAGCAGCUAGACCUCUCAUCGGAAUUCCUCAAUAAAAUAGACAAUCCCCUCUUCUCUACCGGAUAUGAUAAUGAAGAAGUUGAGCAAAACUCUAAUUUCCACCCCAAAACUCCUGUUGCAUGUAAUCCCUCCCAGAGAGGUCGAUCAUCCACUAGGAAUGCAGAUCUAUUCAGUAACAAAAAUGAGGAGAAGAAGGAAACGGUUGGGCGACGCCAUCGAUCCGUGUCAAGAACCCGUUCAAUUUCAUCCAACGAGUCACCAGUGGAAGGAAUACCCAUUUGGGAAGAUGCAAUAUCUGUAGCUUCUCUAUCAGAAAUUGAAGAGAAAACUAUAAAUGCUGUUUGGGAACAAACCAUGUCUCUUGCAGUUGAUGAUUCCAGAGAUUACAUGUCAAAUGAUGAAAUAGACAUGACCAAUCCUGUGCCUAUUGAUGAUGAUGUGAUUCUUGUGGAUGUUAGAAGUGAUUAUGCUAGAAAGCUUAAUGAGUGCCAUGAACGGGCUAGAAGACUUCGAGCAGACUUAGCUGCAGAAGAGAAUCAUGAACAUGAAUUGGGUAGAAUUCUAAAAGAUAUUCUUUCGGAGCCAAUCACAAUUACCACAAAUGUUAAGUCGUCUCCUACAGAAAGAAAAAAAAGCAGUGAACGAAGAAGGAUGUCAAGAAGAUUGGCUGAAGAAGCAAUGACUUACUUUGAUGAGUGUGUUUCCAUAUCAACUUUCGACAGUUCUGAUUUCUCAGCAGCAGAGGAUGCAACAAGUGUCUCCGCCUCCAACUACCCAGUCAGUCGCUUCAGUGAUAGACAGGGAUCAUUGAUGUUUGAUCAGCCAACACAUAAUCCUCUCGAGUCAGAUUUAGUAGCUAGUAGCAGCACCAAGUCUUGUUUAGACCAAAGUGGAUGCAAAAUUACAGAAUUGGGUAUGAAAUUUCAGUUCUCCUCUGACCAGAAGAAGUUGGCUGAUAAUUAUUCAGACCAACCGAACAUUAGAAAUGAUUCGAAAGAUAUGGGAAAAUACUUUGUGGGGGAUGACAUGGAAAAGAGAAGAUCAAGUUGCUUCAACAUAGAUGAUUAUAAAUUGUGUAGUCUUGCUGAAGAACUUCUGUAUGAGAGAGUCUUACAUAGGAAUAGAAUCGAGUCUGGUAAUUUGCAUCUUUGUGGUGGUGGGGGUAUGACCACCUUACAUUCUUUUUCAUCUUUGAUUUGAAAAUGGCAAAUCAAUCAUUUAUUGUAAAUUCUGCUUCAAUCGCAUCUGUAAAACGAGAUACUUACUGUUUGCCAAGAGUUUAUGGAUACAGUUUUAUAUACCUUUUGUAUGAAAGGUCUGGAGAUCUGAAUAUGGCCGGACUAACUUCAUAGUUUAUACACUCCGUUUCUAAAGAGAAUCUUGUCUGGAUUCGCACCCAUAUGAGAAAACGGGCUGAAUAGUAUUUUUAAAUGAAGCAACUCCCAAUUUUAGCACUUUAUGUCAUUUGAUAUUCUAAAACUUGUCAUGUUCCUACUUGAGACAUUUUUAAAAGUUCUGUAACACAAGUUCUGCAAACAAAAUGGGCUUUUGGGGGCAGUUUAGCUAGUAAAAUGAACUUCUCUACUAUAAAAGCAGAUAAAAUCUAUCUAGAUUAUGAAGAUUGGUUUUAUUUAGUAUUCCUUGAGCUUAUUUUUAUGUGGCAUGUGUAUAGACUAUAGAGUUGUAAUCAUGUUCCCUCUUAAUAAAAUAAAUUACUUUCUGUCUCUACAAGAACUCUGCAGGAUUUGUAACUCAAAGUAGAGAAACAUGUCAACAACUGAUGUGUUUCUAAUCUCAAAAUAUGCUAGAUA